AAUGACGUAAAUACCACUAACCAGAGUACCGAUGUAUAUAUAAGCCUUGUGUCAAUUUAAAUUGACUUAAAUGUCAUAACAAAAGUUUUGUUAAAUUGGGUGUUUUUGUUUUACUUCACCUUAUUUAGGAAAAUGGAUGUAUUUAAUAAAGUAAUUAAUCAAGUUAGUAGUUCAGUGCAUAGUACUGUAUCUCAAUUAUCGGGUGUGUUACCUGGAAAUCCAGUAACUAGAGAGUUCGAAUCUUCUGCCCAUGUUGCUUCAGCAGGUCCAGGUUUAUUAUGGAAAAUUUACAAAGGGAACAAGAGAUCCACUAAACAAGCAGCUUCAAUAUUUGUAUUUGAAAAACGUCAACUGGAAAGGUUCAAUAAAAAUGAUAGAGAACUUAUUCUAGAGAGCUUACGUAGAGGAAUUGUACAACUUACAAAGAUUCGACAUCCUAAAAUUCUAACAGUUCAACACCCUUUAGAAGAAAGUAGGGAUAGUUUGGCAUUUGCCACAGAACCAGUAUUUGCCAGCAUAGCAAAUAUUUUAGGACAUACCACAAAUAUGCCACAACCAGCAAAUAUAUCAGAUUAUAAAUUAUUUGAUAUUGAAAUUAAAUAUGGUUUACUUCAAGUAACUGAAGGAUUGGCAUUUUUACAUAAUGAUGUUAAAUUGAUACAUAGAAAUAUUAGCCCAGAAAGCAUUAUUAUAAAUACACAAGGAGCUUGGAAAAUAUUUGGUUUCGAUUUUUGUGUCAUUAAUACUAAUCCUCCAAACAUAACAUCAAAUUUUCCUUUCGAGGAUUAUAGUCCAACAAUGCCUUCAGUAUGCCAACCUAAUUUAGAUUAUCUAGCUCCAGAAAAUAUAAUAUCUUCAUCACAUUCUCUAGCCAGUGAUAUGUUUUCAUUGGGAAUGCUAGCUUAUACUUUGUACUCGCCUGAUAAGAAGUGCUUUAAGCCUGUGAAGGAUUUAUCACAAUUUAAAUCAAGAGUAUCAGAGCUGAAACACUUGAAUACAGGAAAGUUGCAAUUUGUACCAGAUGAAUUGAGAGAUAAUAUUAAAUUAUUGAUUAAUGCUACUCCAGAUGUUAGACCCGACACACAUCAAUUUCUUAAAAUUCCAUUUUUUGACGAUAUUGGUAUCAAAACUUUAACUUAUCUUGACUCAGUCCUACAAUGGGAUAAUCUUCAAAAAUCACAAUUUUAUAAAGGAUUACCAGAAGCAUUGCCCAGAUUACCACACAGGGUAAAAUUGCAACGAGUUGUUUCUUGUUUAGCGCAUGACUUAAAUCAAAAUGCAAUGGUACCCUUCAUUUUACCAAGUUUAUUGGAAAUAGCGCAAGAUUGUUCACAACAGGAAUACUGUACUAUCAUUUUGCCACUUAUAAAACCUCUGAUGACAAUCUUAGAACCAAUUCAGGUUCUUCUCAUAAUGCUUCAAAAUAUGGAACUCCUGUUGAAACUAACUCCAGCAGAAGAUAUUCAAAGACACGUCCUUCCAAUGUUGUACAGAGGUUUAGACGCUGAUACACCACAAAUCCAUGAAUUAUGUUUAUCAGUAAUUCCGACUUUUGCUAAUUUAUUAGAUCAUUCGAAUGUGAAAAAUAGCCUCCUUCCUCGAAUUAAAAAACUCUGCCUGCAUACAUCAACGCUGUCAGUUAGGGUAAAUUGUUUGUUGUGUGUCGGUAGGCUAUUAGAACAUUUAGACAAAUGGUUAGUACUGGAUGAAGUAUUACCAUUUUUACCUCAAAUACCGUCACGAGAACCAGCAGUUUUGAUGGGGAUAUUGGGUAUAUACAAAUUAGCUUUGACCCACAAAAAACUUGGAAUUACAAAAGAAAUCAUAGCUUCUAGAGUGCUACCCUUUUUAAUUCCACUAUGUAUAGAGAACGGUUUAACAAUGUCUCAAUUCAAUGCAUUAACUUCAUUAGUAAAAGAAAUGUUCCAAAUAGUAGAAAACGAACAUAGAACAAAAUUAGAGCAAUUAAAUUCAGUUAAAGAUGAGCAAAAAGUUUUAGCCAGUACUACACCAAUAGUUACGCCCAAAUCAAAACCAUUGGAAUUAGAUUCAGCAUUUGCUGGUCUUGGUCUAGAUAAUUAUGUGAAUGGAGCGAGCCUACAACCAAAACAAAAUGUGAGACAACCAAAAAUGGUGAAUAACCAAGAAAAUAUCACUCCAAAGAAAACUGAAAUCAAUUCAACUUCAUUACUAGACGACUGGAUGAGUGAUACAACAGUUAUUAGUCAAAAUCAAUCUGCUAAUACUUCUUUUACAAUAAAUAACAUUUCAAUGGGGUCAAAUAAACCAAUAAAUGCAACAAAUAUUCAAAGUAAUUGGAACGGUUUAAUGAAUCACAAUAGCUAUUCCCCUAUAUCAUCUAUGAGUAAAAGAUCUGUUCAAAAUAAUUCUAGUUCAAUGGAAUUCACACCUUGGACUAGCUUCCAUAAUAAGACUAACGAUUCAUUUAAUUGGAAUGCUUUAGAUAAUCUUUUACCAAAUAAUAAUGGUAAUAUUAGUAGUAAUACUUCCAAAAUACCUAUGAAUAAAAUGGCAGCGCAUAAAGUUCCAUUAUUAUUACCCAACAAUGGGAAUACCAGUACUACGCAAUCUCCAGGAUUAUCCAAUGAUGAUAUCAUGGAUCUUUUAAGUUGAGUUUCUUUUUCCUAAAAUGCUGUUUAUGUUGUAAUGGUGGACCCAACCCUAACAGAAACUUUGUACAUAUUAGACAAUACUUCACUUUUUGUUGCAUUAUAUCAUUUUCUGUCUCUCUAUUAUAUUCCUCAUUUUCCUAAAUUUCAGCCAAUAACAGAUAUCAUAAUCAAUUAUCUCGUAGCAUUUUUUGUGAUUACAUAUUAUGCAACUGUAUUUAGUAACUUCUUCAUUAAUUUCUAACAUCCACUUUUCACAUUCUCCUCGCCAAAAUUUUGGAUAGUUGGAGAAGUAAUUUCACUCUGUUGCUAUGUUUUUUAAUUCUCUUGCCCUUUUUUGCAUUAACAACUAUAUAAAUCAAUUGAGGCUUGCAGUACCAUUUUGCAUACUAAUGUAGCUGGACUUAGUCUAUCUUGAAAGAAAAGAGACAAAUAAUGCCCAAUUGCUAAAAAAAUUUCCUUCCAUCAAAUUUAAGUAUGGAAAUAAAAUGGUAGGUUUUCUUGGUUCCAUAUUUUAAUGAUAUUUUCGUUCCUUUUGUUGUCUCAAUCUAGAGAUCCAAGAAUGCUAGUCAGCUAUGAGCUCUCCCCCAUUGUUUGUGGAGAUAUAUCCACAACAUUUGAUAUAUUAGAAAAAGAGAGAAAAUGAAAAUCAGCCUUAUUUUUCGGCACAUGAUUAUAUAUUUAAUGUAAAAUGUAUACUUGUCAAAAAUUGUUCUUUAUCGAUUAUAUUGGACACACAUAUAAAUAUAUCUAUGAAAA